CCACACAGAGAGAGCAAGGGAGGGGCUAGGGCUAGGGUUUUGAGGUACAAUUGGAGGCGGCCGAUAGAAAGAGAGGGCGAGAGGAAGGGGAAUCGAAAGUUGAAGGUCAGCGAAGAUGAUCGAGGUGGUGCUGAACGAUCGGCUGGGGAAGAAGGUGCGGGUGAAGUGCAACGAGGACGACACGAUCGGCGAUCUCAAGAAGCUUGUGGCGGCGCAGACGGGGACGAGGGCCGACAAGAUCCGCAUCCAGAAGUGGUACAACAUCUACAAGGACAGCAUCACCCUCCGCGAUUACGAGAUCCACGACGGCAUGGGCCUCGAGCUCUACUACAACUAAUCUAAGGUUGGCUGGUUGAUCAGAAUACAGCAAUCAGAUAUGAAUAAAUGUACGUAGUUGAAUAAAUGAUAGAGCCAUGAUAUUGGUAAAAAUGACUGAUGGGUACUUGAGUGUGUAAACUCAAUCUGGAAAUAUAUUGCUCUGAAACAUAUGACUGAUAUCUAGUUUGUUUGUGGACAUGGAAGUGGAUGGUGGUGUUUCUGGACA